CAUCAAAAGCAGGCAGAACCCAAAACGCAGCGUUCGAAAUCGAAGUCUUGGGGAACAAGUUGCAAACGCAACCAUUAAAGAAAGGUAAUCUUUGUGCUCAAGCUGCAAACACGAAAAUGGGGUGGGUUUGGAGUGAUGACCACAACGACGACGAUCUUCGACGUGAUAUCUCUUCGGAAGGGUGCUCCACCACGAAGGUCGUCAAAUAUCAAUGCAAAACAGAGGAGGUCGAAUCUGGAAAGUUCGUCAGAAAGUGCGAGAAAACAGAAGAGCUUCUCAGGAAUUGCAUCGGAAAGCCUGUUGAAAUGUUUCAAUCUAACAAAGAGUAUACCGAAGAGGAUGUAACAGACGAGGUACUCAAAGGAAGUUCUGUUCCAUUUACCUCAUCAGACCGUGGUGUGUUCGACUUCCCAGGGCUACGAAAUGAUAUCGAAGUCAUGGAACGUAACGUGUUCGAUAGUCUUAGUCGUUUCCUGGAAACAGCUGAAGAAAUGAAGAAUGGCGUUUUUGAUGUUUUUGGUAAGUCUCCAAGGAUCUUCGAUGCAGAGUCGUCUUCACCCUCUGUGAGGCGAGAGAUCCCUAUUGCAAGUCGCACAGAAGCUUAUCCUAAAACCCUGGAGAAGGAAUCAGGAUAUACUGAUUAUGUUACAGCCGCUCAAGAUGUUUAAACUUUGAACUGGACCACAACCAAGUCCUGUAAUAACAUCUUUGGGAGCUGUUUUACUUCUUUUCUUUUCUUUUAAACUGUGUUUUUUCUAUUCCCUUCACUCAAUUGUAGCCAAUACGAAUGAAAAUAAAUCCAGUUUUAGACAAAGUUACAGCGGGUGGAUUUGAUGGAAGUAUAUUUGCAUUUUAAA